AGAAGAUUAUUUUUAUUUAAAUUUACUUUAAAAAUGGUUAACGGUGAAUUACUUAAAAAGCAAAUACAACAAUUUAAAUUGGGAAAGGAUGCUGCUGCCGAUUAUUAUAAAGAGUUGGAAGGUCACAACGUUAUAUAAUGAUGGCAAUGAAUGAAAUACAAGCUUUAAUGCAACUACCCGAACAAGUUAAAGAUGAACGUUCUUGGCGUUCUUCUCUUUCCAAUGUUAAAGAACAUUACAGUGACAGUGAUGUUCCUUUAUCUAAUUUUAUUAAAACAAAAGAUGCUUGGUUGGCAAUAAUGCAAAAAUAUGCUGGGGGAUUAAGCGCUGAACAAAAAAAGGAAUGGGAAGAAUUAUUUACCAAGGCCUCUUCUGAUAUGAAAAAAUGGGGAUGGAUUUAA